AUGGUGGAAGAACUUACUGCACCGCCUGUUCUGUCCACUCCUGAUACUCACGUUCUAGACGAAGAACUCUCGGCCGCUGCACACCAUCCAGUGGAAGCCUUGUCAGAUGACCAAAUCAAGACCAGAUAUGAAAUCAACAGAACCAUCGCCGAGAUCAAGCAACGGAGAUGGAGGCGGGUGGCGCUGCAAUUCCCAGAUCAGAUGCUGCCCCAUUCGGCUCGGGUCUAUCAACUCCUGGCCAGAGGAUUGCGAGAGACUACAGCCUCGCAGGACGAUGCCAGAGAAGGCUCGGCGACGCUGGCAGCCGGAGUCGCUAGUCUCGCUGUCGAGGACGAUAAGCCGGUGAGGCUGACCAUUCUGGGCGACACCUCGUAUGGCUCGUGCUGCGUGGAUGAGAUUGCAGCAGAACAUGUCGAGGCAGACGCUGUUGUCCACUAUGGCCGCGCAUGCUUGUCUCCAACGGCGAGAUUACCGGUUUUGCACAUAUUUACUACCAUGGAGCUGGAUCACGAGGCCGUGGUUAAGUCUUUUCGAGAAUCUUUCCCGGACCUCGAUGCAAAGGUGGUCUUGACUGCCGACGUACCUUACUCGGCGCAUGUUGAGUCAGUCAUUAAAAUACUCCAGCAGCUGGGCUAUACGAAUGUGUUUGCAGCAUCUAUCGUCCACGACCCUUCAUCUUCAAUUCCCAACCGCACGGUGCCCGAGUCCGUGACCGAUGAUCCUUCGUCUCUUUCGCAAUGGAGCCUGUUCCAUAUCUCUGAACCGCCGACAUCCCUCCUCCUCACUUUGACCUCUCGUAUGGCCAGUGUGAGAGUCUACCCUACCGACGCCAUCAACACUGCGACCGCGGCCUCGGCCUCAUCUGCACUCGAGACGUCCACGAGGUUCCUUCUCCGCCGACGCUACGCCACUGUGACUUCGCUCACCACUGUUCCUGUCUGGGGGAUCCUGAUCAACACGCUAAGUGUCAAGAACUACAUGGACAUCCUGUCCCACAUACAGCGUCAGGUUGCUGCCGCAGGCAAGAAAUCCUACCUCUUUGUCGUGGGCAAACUUAACCCGGCCAAGGUUGCGAAUUUUUCCGAGAUCGGUGGAUGGAUUGUCAUCGGGUGUUGGGAGAGCUCUCUGGUGGACAGCAAGGAAUUCUACAAGCCGAUCAUCACUCCAUUUGAACUGGAACUGGCUUUGCAAAGCGACGACAGUCGGCUGUGGACAGGCCAGUGGCGAGCAGACUUCCAAAAUGUGCUGGAAGAUGCUGCAAAGCGGGCGGAACAGACAGCCACGGACCUGGAAUCGAGGCCUGCGGGAGAUGGAUUACGGGGGAUGUCUGGCGCGGAGGACCACGAGACCGAAACCCACACGGAUUCCGAAUCGGAGUCUGAACCGCCCGAGUUCGACCUCCGGACAGGACGCUACGUCUCGCGCUCGAGGCCGAUGCAGCGCAAUCGAGCGGUUUAUGGUACGAAUCAGCAAUCAGUGCCGAGUGGCUCGGCUCCUCAAUCCGGCACUCUCACCAGGCGCGGCAAGGGCGAUAUGAUUGCUGUCAACGGCGUCGUCUCACCCGGUGCGGAGUAUCUGGCGCAAAAACGCACCUGGCGUGGCCUGGGCACGGAUUUCGAGGUCAGAUAUGAGGAAGAGGAACAGGGAGAUGUUGUCGAAGAAGGUAGGACAGGCGUUGCGAGAGGAUAUACCGUGGGAGACUCUGUCCGGUCGUGA